UCUGUUAGCAGCGCUGCUAUGUUUAUUUGUUUAUUCGAAAACUAUUAAUAAGUGUAGAAUGUAGAGUAACACUUUCGAGACCUUGGAAAGUUGCGUAGAAUUGUGUUCUUUUUUAGAGAAGCCAAAAAAACUUAUGUUUAACAGAAAGUAACGACUCCGCAGCCCGCAGUAACCAGAAAAUCAAUACCCGUUAACAACAACCGGAGCGCGUAAAUUCCGUCAGUUUGAUAAGAACUAUGCGGACGGAGGAUCCCAUGCGCAGGCGCGCUCUCGCCGCCCCCCUUUUCCCAAGGAAAACGCCUGCUAACUUUCCGGAAUCGAAAUUCUCAGACAGUCCACGUUCGGGCGUCGUUGCAAGCUAACGGUUGUGCUAACGGUACUCCACCAGCGCUGCAUGUGCGUUUGCAUUUGUGUGCGUCUGCCCCCGUGAGUGUGUGAGUGUGACGACAGGAGAGGAGAGGAAAAAAAAUAAGAAGGAAAAUAACAGGAAAUCGGGAAAAAGUAACGGGAACGUCUGCCCCAAAACAGUUGCAAAAACCAACACACUCAUACCGUGGCGAUGCACCAAUUUUUCGGUUGAAAAACUGUAAUUCGAUUGGAUUGGAUCGGUUCAGUUUUCCCAUAGCAGCGGUACACGGUAGCACUUCAAGGAGCAGUCGGAGCAGCCGAGAAGGGGGCGGGGACUUUACAGCAACAUGUGUGUGGCUUAAAUCGGCAUUGAGCAGCUAUAGCUACAUCAAAAAAAGCAAACAGAAUAACCACAACUUGAGGAUACAUAGUUAGUUGGCCUUCGCUUCUGGGCCAUAAAAUGCAUUUACACUUCGAGCGAAACAUCAACACAAAAUGCGACUGCACGAUACUCUCAUUAUCAUGGAUGGGAAAGGUGCCAGAUGAUAUACCCGAGGACGAGGGCUGGAAGCUGAACCGCACCAACUACUACCAGGAGGGAUGGCUGGCCACGGGCAAUGUGCGCGGCAUUGUGGGCGUGACCUUUACCACCUCGCAUUGCCGCAAGAACAUGGACUAUCCGCUGAGGACCAACUACAACCUGCGCGGCCAUAGAUCGGAUGUCAUCUUGGUCAAAUGGAACGAACCCUACCAGAAGCUGGCCUCCUGCGACAGCUCGGGCAUCAUCUUUGUGUGGAUCAAGUACGAGGGUCGCUGGUCCAUCGAGCUGAUCAACGAUCGCAAUACGCCGGUUACCCACUUUUCCUGGUCCCACGAUGGCCGCAUGGCCUUGAUCUGCUACCAGGAUGGCUUCGUUCUGGUCGGAUCCGUGGCUGGGCAAAGGUAUUGGUCCUCCAUGCUCAAUCUGGAGUCGACGAUCACCUGCGGUAUUUGGACUCCGGACGAUCAGCAGGUGUACUUUGGCACCACCCAGGGUCAGGUGAUUGUGAUGGAUGUCCACGGGGCGAUGGUGUCGCAGGUUCAGCUGUCCAACGAUGUGCCCAUCACAUCGAUGGCCUGGUCCUGCGAGAAGUUCAAGAUGGAGGAGGGCGAGGAGGCGGAGCCCGGUGUAACCAAUGCGGCCAAACGCUCCUUUGUCCUGGCUGUAAGCUUCCAGAAUGGAUAUAUCUAUCUGCUUAAGUCGUUCGACGACGUCUCACCCGCACAUAUCAACACUUGCCUUAACGGCGCCCUCGGCAUGGUCAUGGAGUGGAGCAACUCCCGCGAGUUGCUGGCCGUAGCAGGAACCCUUCGCACCGGAUUGGAUGGAUCGAAGCCGGAGGAGAUGGGCCUACCGAGUAGCUACACGAAUCUGGUCAAGUUCUACACGGAAACGGGCACAUGUCUGUAUCAGGCGCACAUACCGUGCAGCACGUCCACCGUUUCGGCCAUCACCUGGGGCCACAACGACAAGCGGCUGUUCAUCGCUACGGGGACACAGGUUCACAUCGCCUGGGUCUCCAGACGGGUGGCCUCCUUGCAGCUUCUCUGCCGUCUGGAAAUCCAGGCGAGCGUCGGAUCCGAGUCGCUGCUGCCACUGCUGCCGUUGCCUUCUAGGAUUAAGUCUCUCAUUGGCAAUCUGUUUGCUCAAACGAUAAGAUGCUGUGUACCUGACCUGAAGUCGCUGCGAGACUUUGUUUCGCGACCACCGCUCUGCUCCACCCGGCUGCACUGCACCAUGAUCCGGCACGAUGACGACUCCAAUCUGAGCUCCGGCACCUGCUACACGCUCUAUCUGGAGUACCUGGGCGGUUUGGUGCCGCUGCUCAAGGGCAAGCGUACCUCGAAAAUUCGCCCAGAAUUUGUGAUCUUCGAUCCUCAGGUUAAUGAUGCCCCCUUGUACUUUCAAUACUCCGCCGAGGCCAAGAGCUCCUCGGGCUCCAGCCAGUCCACCACCACGGGCAACAGUGGACGCACCGACUCCUCGGACAGUGACUACGAGGAGCGAUCCCGCUUUGGCUCGCCGCGAACUCCGCGCAAGAAGCGAGUGCGUCCGAAGAGGCGACAACAGGCCGGCGAUCGUUUGAGCGCCUCUGGUGGCGCAGGGGGCGGAUCGAACGAUCCCGAUAGCCUGGAUGAGCUGGCCUAUGUGGACACACUGCCGGAGGAAGUCAAGCUGGUCGAGGUGACCUCCAACAUUUGGGGUACCAAGUUCAAGAUCCAUGGACUUGCCAAAACCGUCCCAGCCAAUUUAGGCCAAGUAACUUAUAAGACGUCCCUACUGCAUUUGCAGCCGCGUCAAAUGACGCUGGUCAUCACCGAGCUGCGCGACGAUUUUCCACCUGGUCCCGAUCCCAGCUUCAAUCCGAAUAUAUUCUCCGAGGACGAAGAUGAGCAUAGUCAGGUUCAUCAUCAGGUGCUCAAUCAUCACGAUGCAGUGCCGCAGGUGAAUGUGAUCACCACUCAGGAUGGGGCUACGCUGAAGCCACCGAUAAUACCGCAACGUCGCCUCACCGACGGAGCCUCGGCUCCCUUGAUAGCGCCCAUGUCGCCGCGUCCAAAUAGAAUUCUGGCGCGGCACAAGAACUCGCUGACUGUAAAUGGAGGAUCUACCUCUUCAUCGGCGGGUCUGAGUCCUCUGGCGCGAGCCGAGAGCUACGAUGAUGAUUCCUCCAACGAAUCCCAGGAGGCGGGAGCUGCUGCUGCGUCCACCACUGUGCUCCUGCAUCAGGCACCCUCGAAUGGCUCGGGUCCCAGUUGCAGCAAGACCAUUACGCGCCCCAAGACGAUCAGCAGCUUCAAGAACAGCUACAGCCGCUCCAGCUCCAAUUCCAGCUGCCAGUCGCGUCAUGCCAUCUCACCGCUUUAUUGCGAUGGCGCCGUGCCCACGCUGCAGAGUCCCAAGAAUGCAGUGGCUCCCUCGGACAUCAUCUUCGAGCGUCCCGCCGUGCCAGCCGCUGGGCAAACCACCUUGAUGUCUUACUCGAGCAAUGCAGACUAUGCCAACAAUGUGGUUCAGGUGAAGAAUGCUCUGAUGUCGGAGCCCGUGCGUUCGGCCAACAGUCAUGUGAAUCCGGUGCCACUGAAUCUCAAUCUGAAUCUGGAGCGAAUGGAUGCGAGGGUCAAGUGUAUGGCGGCGGCACCCACAACCUCCAAGCGACGUGAGAUGCUGUACAUCGAUGAGGAGACGCAGUCGCCAGUGCCCACGCCGAGUAGCAGCAGCAUGAAGCGCACUCCCACGGUGGUGUCCAUUGCUCCUGCCCUGCCCGACUCCAUCACGCGCAGCUGCAGCGUGGGGUAUCUGGAUUCGGUGGCCAUUACACCAUCGGAUGAGGCGCUUUCUGCCCUGCGCAAGGAUGCGCCGAACAAGCGGCUGAUCCUGGUGGACAAGCGAAGGAAUCGGAGGAAAAGGCAGCAGCAGGAGGAUGCCAGGCGGCACAAACUCCAGCAGACCGGGAAAUCCAAGAGCCUGGACUCCUGCGACCUGCUCUCCCUGCAGACGAAGCUGUCCAGCAAGGAGCACGAGCAGGUGGUGCGCAAGCUGCAGGAGAUCUCCGACAGCAGCGCCUGCAGCAGUGCGGCCAACACGCUGUGCUUCAAGUGCAGGAACAACAUGAGUCCCAGCAGUGCCUGCAAGCGGUGUCAGCCGACGGCGAGCUCUGUUCUGGAUGAGAUUACCGCCGUUGUGGCGACGGUGGAGCCGGUCAAGGAGUCGCCGGUGCAGGCCAAGCCGGCGCCAAAGAAACGCUUCGAUGUCAUCACUAGCUUCACAGACUCGCCGCUCUUUACGCGCAAGCAUCGCUUUGGAAUCGGACGCAGCAAGGACACCUCGGGCAACGAGACCUCCACUCCCUUGCUGGGCAGAAAGCAGGACAAUGGCUUUAGCUUUGUAAAGCAGCUGUCCGAGGUUCGCUGGCGACGCAAGGAGCAGCCAGCCCAGGUAAAUGGCUCGAGUAGUAAUGCCAGCACUCUGGAGCGUCAACAGCAGCCGGAGAUCACGGGAGCGGCCUGUGGCGCCGUGGAGGCCACGCCAGUGGAGGCCAAGGCUUCGGUUUCGCUGCAUACUCAGGCCCUUACCACUUUGGAGAACAUCAUAAGCCGUCUUCGUGAUCUCGACGAGGGUCGGUUAACGCCUCCUUCCACCCCGCAGCGACUGCCAAGGAGUUCUCCCGCCUCGCCGGCGGCCAGCAAAAAGAACAAGCGGCAGCAGAGCAACUCGCCCAUUCGCCACAUUUUAAAUUCACCGCUUUUGAACCGGCGGCAGCGGAAAAAGCAGAGCAUCAUCGAGAGCUCCGAUGAUGAGGGCAACCAGACCAAUGGAUCCGGUGAGGAGAGCAACAACGCGGGCAAUGGCAAGCAGUAUCGCGAUCUGGAGACCUUCCAGAAGGCCCAGCUGCGUCAGAAGCUAAAGCGUGGAAAGAUCGAGCCGAAUGGCAGUGCUAGUUGUGCCAAUCCGGCGCCAGUGCGUCGCGAGUUUGUGAUGCACAACAAGGCGCCCAUGUGGAAUGAGAUGAGCCAGGUGUACCAGCUGGAUUUUGGAGGUCGCGUUACCCAGGAAUCGGCCAAGAACUUUCAAAUAGAGUUUCGUGGCAAGCAGGUCAUGCAAUUUGGACGCAUCGAUGGCAAUGCCUACACCCUGGACUUCCAGUAUCCUUUCUCCGCCCUCCAGGCCUUUGCCGUGGCUUUGGCCAAUGUGACACAGCGACUCAAGUAAUCGGGGAUCAGAGAUAUCGCAUCUUUAAGCAACAUAUUGUCGCCAGCAAUUGCUUUUUUGGCCUAACGCUAUAUAUAUUUUUUAUACCAGACUCGACGAUUAGCGAAAAUUGCUUCUUCAUUUGUAUAUAUUGUAUAUGUAUUGUGGUCUUUAGGUUUCCGAAUACCGUACUUUAGUGAUUAUGUAUGUGAACACGUACCACCACUUGAUUGAAGGUUUUGCAGCAAACUCACAGUCCGAUCCAUUUUUGUGCAAUAUUUGUAUGACAAAUUUUUUGGAUUAAGUGUAGCCAAGAGUGUAAAUGUUAGACGAAGACGAUGACGACGAUGUACGAUGUAUUUUAAAUCAAACUACUAUAACACGAUUAACGAUCAGUCGGUUUUUAACACUAGUUUGUACAAGAGCAGCCUUUUUUGCAUAGAGCUUCGUUUCUCGCUUUACUCGAUUUAAGUGCAAUAAUAAAAACUCCUUUUGUUAACUCCUAGAUCUAAGAUAUAUCUAGAUAUUGGCGAAAACCAGCACUCGAUAAAUUCAUUGUAAUUGUAGGUAAUAAGGACUGAAGUCCGAAUUACUCGAAGCUAGCAUAUUUUUUAUAUGUGUAAACUAAUUGUGAAGCAAGGAAUACA